AUGACUGCCCAUUCCAAGCGUGGAAGCAUCGAGCAAGAGGAACAGGUCGAAAUGUCGUUCGCUGAGAAGCCUGGAGUCCUUGCCGACCCAGAGGCCGAUUACUCUGGUGCGGUAAAGAAGACGGAUCCAGCUGAGAUUCGACUUGUUCGCAAGUUGGACUUUCGCAUCAUGCCUACUCUUUGGGCUAUGUACUUCCUCAACUACCUUGAUCGAAAUGCCAUUGCCCAGGCGCGAUUGAAUGAUCUCGAAGAUGAUCUUGGUCUCAGGGGAACACAGUACAACACAUGUAUCUCGAUCCUGUUCGUCGGCUACUUACUCAUGCAGAUCCCAUCCAACAUGCUCAUCUCGUCGAAACGCGUGCGUCCUUCGCUAUACAUGUCGAUCUGCAUGAUGGGCUGGGCCAUCGUGUCAGCCUGCACCGCUCUUGUCAAAGACUACAAAGGUCUCGUCAUCGUUCGCUUCUUCCUAGGUGUUGCCGAAGCCCCCUUUUAUCCCGGAGCCCUCUAUCUACUCGCAAUAUCCUAUACAAGAAAGGAAAUCGCUAUGCGACUGUCGAUUUUAUACUCUGGAAACAUCUUUGCUACUUCCUUUUCCGGAUUGAUCGCCGCGACGACGUUUGGAACAAUUGAUGGACAUCACGGGCUUAAAGGCUGGCAGUGGCUCUUUAUCAUUGAAGGUGUCUUGACUUUUGCAGUCGGUAUCAUCGGAAUCUUCACUCUUGCUGACAGUCCUUUGACGACUCGAUGGUUGACUGAAGAAGAACGACAACUUGCGCAUGAUAGAAUGCUGCGCGAUACUGUUGGUCUGGAGGAGAGCAAAGGAGCUCGAGCUGGAUUCUUCCAGGCCAUUCGUGAUCCUCGUCUGUGGCUCUUCUGCUUCAUGCAGAACAUGCAUCUUUCUGCUUGUUCCUUCAACAACUUCUUCCCUACUGUCGUCGGCUCCCUCGGCUUCAACAGCACUAUCACUCUAGUUCUGACAUGCCCGCCCUACCUCGUAUCUGGUUUCUUUGGAUACCUAGCCGGAUGGUCAUCCGGUCACUUCAACGAGCGAACUUGGCAUAUCACGGCCUGUAUGGGAAUGGCACUCGUCGGAUACAUCAUCUCCUGCGUCACGCUCAACACGCCAGCCCGCUACAUUGCAUGUUUCUUAUUCGCCAGUGGCGCGUAUGCAGUCAACUCGAUGAUCCUUGGCUGGGUUUCUGCAACGCUUGGAUCGACGGCUGAGAAGAAGUCGGUCAGCUUGUCAAUCGUCAACGUCGUUUCCAACGCCUCAUACAUCUACACUGCGUAUCUGUAUCCUAAAUCUGACGGUCCACGAUACCUGAUCGGAAUGGCAAGCAAUGCUGGUUUUGCGACGAUGUGUAUUGCGGGUGUUUGGGCUAUGAAGAUCUGGCUUGUUAAGAGUAACAAGAAGCUUGAUCGGGAAGGAAACACAAGUGUUACGCGAUACGCUUACUAG